UAUCUAUAUUAACUGACAUAAAAAAUAAUGUUUUCCCUCAAGCCGUCUAUAACUUUUCCCAGAUUCCACGUCACAGUCAUGUUUGUUGAGGGAGCACAUGCAGAGGGAAGCCCGUGAACCUUGAACACAAAGCCCGGUUGCUGUCACGGUGACAUACAGCGUGGGGCGGUGGUGACUUUACAGUCUGUCACUCUUUAACUGCAUGACUCAGUCAUGGAAAAGCUAACUUUGAGUUCAGCGCUUCUCCUGCAGGGUUGAUUCUUCUAUUUCAGGGGGUGAGAUGAUGUUUCCAAAAGCCUCAUAUCCUGCCAGUUCACACACAGACACACAAAAAGAAAAAAAGGCCAGGAGGCCGGCUUGUGGGCGGAGAGUAUGGUAAUAGUCUCCAGAGGAAGUGAGCGCAGUGUAGAGGAAUGUAGUUACCAUCAGUGGGAGCUCAGUUCAAGCUGGCUAACAGCUAGCCUGCUAAGAAAAGUUAGAGCUGGAGCCGCAGAGCAGAGUGAUGAAAACAUGCCCCACUUUACAGUAGUACCAGUCAAGGAUCAGGACCAGUCCAACUACGACAGUCUAGAGGGAAUUAACUGGGUUGAUUACAGGGAUACUGGACAGGACAGCUUUGACCACCAAGACACAGUUAGUUCUGAUGGACAUGGUAAUCAUAAAGAAGACAGCCCAUUUCUCAACAGUGCUGAUGCUGCUGGAAAAAGGACUGACUACUAUGACAGGAACCUGGCUUUGUUCGAGGAGGAGCUGGACAUCCGUCCUAAAGUUUCCUCCCUCCUCAGCCGAUUGGUCAACUACACCAACAUAACCCAGGGGGCUAAAGAACAUGAAGAAGAAGAGAGCGCUGAUGCCUCGCGGCAGAAGACCCCCAAGUCCCCCAACAUGGGCACCCUGAUGGGAGUCUACCUGCCAUGCCUUCAGAACAUCUUCGGUGUCAUUCUCUUCCUCCGUCUGACAUGGAUUGUGGGAAUGGCCGGAAUCAUCCAGUCCCUCCUGAUUGUGGUCAUGUGCUGCUCAUGUACCAUGCUGACAGCCAUAUCAAUGAGUGCGAUUGCUACAAAUGGUGUCGUUCCAGCUGGAGGGGCUUACUUCAUGAUCUCCCGCUCUCUCGGUCCUGAGUUUGGAGGAGCUGUGGGGCUUUGCUUUUACCUGGGCACCACCUUCGCUUCUGCCAUGUACAUAUUGGGAGCCAUUGAAAUUUUUUUGAAAUAUCUGGUCCCUCAGGCGGCCAUCUUUCAUGCUACAGAUCCCCUCCGCAGUGACAGCGCCCUGCUGAACAACAUGCGGGUCUACGGCUCCCUGUGCCUCAGCCUGAUGGCGGUGGUAGUUUUUGUAGGAGUCAAAUAUGUCAACAAGCUGGCUUCUCUUUUUCUGGCCUGUGUCAUCAUCUCAAUUGUCUCCAUCUAUGCUGGCGCAAUUAAAUCCAUGACUCAUCCACCAGAAUUUCCGAUCUGCAUGUUGGGUAACAGGACUCUGAAGCUUGAUGGCUUCGAUGUGUGCGCUAAAACAGUAAUGAGUGGGAACAUUACAGCGCCCAGCCAGCUGUGGAACAGAUUCUGCCUGCCAGGGAACAUGAGCAGCACUCAUUGUGAUGACUACUUUCUCCACAACAAUGUGACAGAGAUUCAGGGCAUUCCUGGACUAGGAAGUGGAAUUAUCAGUGAUAACAUGUGGGGCAACUACCUGCAGAAAGGGGAGAUUUUGGAGAAGGCGGGGCUUCAGUCGGUGGAUGCACACAGUGCCAUCGAGAACUUUGUCAACUAUGUUUCGGUGGACAUCACCACAUCCUUCACUCUUCUAGUGGGAAUCUUCUUUCCAUCUGCCACAGGCAUCAUGGCAGGCUCCAACAGAUCCGGGGAUCUCAGAGAUGCUCAAAAGUCCAUUCCUGUUGGUACUAUCUUAGCUAUUACGACUACUACAAUUGUUUAUUUAAGUUCUGUAGUUCUGUUUGGUUCCUGCAUUGAAGGAGUUGUUCUGAGGGACAAAUUUGGAGACGCUGUCAAGAAGAACCUUGUAGUGGGGACACUCUCCUGGCCAUCUCCCUGGGUUAUUGUCAUUGGAUCCUUCUUCUCCACUGUUGGAGCGGGCCUGCAGUCCCUCACUGGAGCCCCCAGACUUUUACAGGCUAUUGCCAAGGACAACAUCAUUCCAUUUCUUAGAGUCUUUGGUCAUGGAAAGUCCAAUGGAGAACCAACAUGGGCAUUGCUGCUAACUGGUCUCAUAGCUGAGCUGGGGAUACUUAUUGCCUCUUUGGACAUGGUAGCUCCCAUCCUUUCCAUGUUCUUCCUGAUGUGCUAUCUUUUUGUAAACUUAGCCUGUGCAGUUCAGACUCUUCUACGAACACCCAACUGGAGGCCAAGGUUCAAGUAUUACCACUGGGCUCUGUCAUUUCUCGGCAUGAGCAUGUGUCUGGCACUCAUGUUUAUAUCCUCCUGGUACUAUGCUAUUGUAGCCAUGGGCAUCGCAGGGAUGAUCUACAAGUACAUUGAAUAUCAGGGAGCAGAGAAGGAAUGGGGGGACGGUAUAAGAGGACUAUCCCUUAGUGCUGCGCGUUAUGCUCUACUGAGACUUGAAGCCGGUCCCCCACACACCAAGAACUGGAGACCUCAGUUGUUAGUGCUGCUGAAGCUCGAUGAAGACCUUCAUGUGAAAUACCCCCGGAUGCUGACUUUUGCCUCCCAGCUGAAGGCAGGAAAAGGUCUGACCAUUGUUGGCUCCGUUAUUAAGGGUAACUUCCUGGACAGCUUUGGGGAAAUGCAGGCAGCUGAACAGGCUAUUAAGAAUAUGAUGGAGAUCGAGCGAGUCAAAGGUUUCUGCCAAGUUGUGGUGGCAGCGAAGGUGCGGGAGGGCAUCGUUCACCUGAUCCAGUCCUGCGGUCUGGGGGGGAUGAAGCACAACACUGUGGUGAUGGGCUGGCCUUACGGCUGGAGACAGAGCGAAGACCCUCGAGCCUGGAAGACUUUUAUUAACACAGUCCGCUGCACCACAGCUGCACAUCUGGCUCUGAUGGUGCCCAAAAAUGUGUCCUUCUACCCGAGCAACCACGAACGCUUCACAGAUGGCAACAUCGAUGUGUGGUGGAUUGUACACGAUGGAGGGAUGCUAAUGCUGUUGCCUUUCCUGCUCAAACAGCACAAAGUCUGGAGGAAAUGCAAAAUGCGCAUCUUCACAGUAGCCCAGAUGGACGACAACAGCAUCCAGAUGAAGAAAGACCUGGCCACGUUUCUCUACCAGCUGAGAAUAGAAGCGGAGGUGGAGGUUGUUGAAAUGGAUGACAGCGAUAUUUCUGCAUACACGUACGAGCGAACAUUAAUGAUGGAGCAGAGGUCCCAGAUGUUGAAGCAAAUGAGGCUCUCCAGUGCAGAAAGACAGAGAGAGGCCCAGCUGGUUAAAGACAGACACUCUCUGGUGCGGAUGGGCAGCCUCUACUCAGACGAGGAAGAGGAGGUCGACGUUCCCUUAGAGAAGGUUCACAUGACGUGGACCAGAGAGAAGUGUGAGGCUGAGAGGAGAAACAGGAACAAUGCUCCAGAGAAUUUCCGAGAACUCAUGAGCCUCAAACCGGAUCAGUCAAACGUGCGAAGAAUGCAUACGGCGGUGAAGCUGAAUGAAGUAAUUGUCAACAAAUCCCAUGAUGCUCGAUUAGUGCUGCUCAACAUGCCUGGACCUCCUCGGAACGCUGACGGAGAUGAAAACUAUAUGGAGUUUUUGGAAGUGUUGACUGAAGGCUUGGAGAGAGUGCUGCUGGUGAGAGGAGGAGGGCGGGAGGUCAUCACCAUCUAUUCGUGAGGAGCUGCGGCGUGGGAAGCGGCAUCAGGACACAGUCCGUUUUCAGAACAGCAACCAAUAGCUGCUUUGCAUUUCAGUAGUUCUACUGAGAUGCAUUUAUUUUAAACUUUAUGCAAACUAAUGACUCUAAAAGAUAUGAUACAGAAAUGUAAAAGAAAAAAAAGUGUGUAAAAAUGUGUCCAUUUAGCAAUUUGGCUACAGUAAAUGUGUAACAUAAUUUGCUACAGACGGAGGGAAAAAUAGCUAUAUUUUUGUACAAAAAUUAUUAUAAUACAAAAAAGUGUUCCAUUUGCACCUUUGGAUUCAGAAAAGGACUUUUUAUGUUGGCUUUCACCAAAAGUUUGAUUUCUUGUGCACAUUAAAAACAAUCCAGAAGCAAUAUACAAACAAGUUUAGUAAAAGAUACAUUUAUAAGUACUUUGGAUGAGCUUCUUUUAAAUAUAUAGGUCAAAUUGUUAUAAAAAAAAUCUAUGAUUUUUUUACGUGAAUGUCUGGUUGUACCACACUGGUUUGAUGUUAAGACAUGUUUUAUGAAUAUAGCCUGAGGGAAUUGGAUGGUGGUAAAGUUUUAUUUUAUUGCAUGCUGUUAUUAUGUGUUGAAUAACCUAAACAUCUGUUUGACAUUGACUCAUAAACCAAGUGUAGUAUUAUUUAAUUUGAUAAUAAUCUUUGUAUUGUUUCACACUUGAUCAAUGUAGCAUUAAUAUACAAAACUACAGUUACAAACUACAUUCAUAUACAGAGGAGCGUAAAAGAUUUGAGGAAAUGUAGAUAAAAUACACUAUAAAAAGUGAAACAUUGGAUCAAUUAACAAAACCUCUAAUUUAUUACAUCUAAAAAUAUUAGUUUUUUAUCAUAUUCAAUUUUUAAGUUGAGCAAACCAUCAAAGUUGAUGAAAAGUAAUUAUUUAAAAUGUAACAAACUUUUGUUAAAUGAUCCAAUGUUUCACUUUUUACAGUGUAGAUUAUCACUUCUUUUCCGGUUUUUAUCUACUUUUUAUAAAAUCUCUGAAUACAGAGGAAGGCAUUUCAGUCUGCAAUUACCCUCAUUUAAAUCUAAAAAUAGGCUUGCCUCACCAGCUUGAGACAUUACAGGCUUUUUAUGAGUAAAUAGAUCCUAUAAUCAGAGUAAAUUAUGAACAGAUGUUGAGAGGCUUCCUGCAAACAUUUGAAAACCCGACAAAGUUAACCAAAGGAAAACAUUUUUCUGAAGUUUGUGCCCGUUUGGCAUGCACCUUCAAAAUGACCAAAAGUUCUGUGUUUACAUUGGCAAAAUGUAAUACUACUAAGGAAUGGAAAUAAACAAAGAUGUAUUUGUGAUACAAAGAAGUGGAUGAAAUGGUUCAUAGUCUUUUUUGCGGUUAGACUAUCUGGUGGGAUAAGCUCGGACCAUAGAUGGAUACGGCCAGUUGAGGGCCAGUCGGUAAUAUAGUAUUAGUCCAGGUGGCGGAGGGCCAUCAAAACCGCCGAUAGAGUGGAGAUAUAAACGUCCAUGAAUUUAAAAGCAAAAAUAUAAAUGUGGCUUUUGGUUAGCUAGUGGUUGAGUGAGUGACGCACAAACCCGGUCAUAGUGAGGUAGAUCUUCCUUGUUGAAAUUGUGCCAAACCUUCACAAAUACAGGAAGGAGGAAAGCAAUUUCUGCCCCUCAGUUAUAAUUCUGAUUUGAUGUAAAAAACAUGCAAAUGGAGCCCAGAAUGACAACAAAAAAAACUUGUGAAGAUGCUACCUGAAACCAGUAUCGCCAUCUAAAUAGUGGGUUCUGAGUUUGGAGCUUUAAGUAAAGGAUGAAAAUUGAAAAAAAAAAAAAAAAAACAUAAUAUAAAUAAAGUUUAGCAUGAAAUACAACAGGGGUUUAUACUUAAUAAACCCCUGUUGUGACGGUAAAAUCUGUCCAACACUAGAGGCUCUCAGCUUGCAUCUGUUUGCUCAGCUGGACAAGUUAAAUAAAAAAAAAAAUACUUUUAAUGAGAAUGAUGAUAAAUUUAGCAUUGAGCUGUUUGGUCAUUGUUACCUUAAAACAAUAAUCUCUUUCACAAUUAUCACUUUAAAAAAUGGAAAAUUGAAUAAAAUUUCUCCCACAAUGUUUUUUAGUGUGUGAGAAAAUCAGCAUUUUUUUUUUACUAACUAAUUUAGUUUGACCUCAGUCUAGCUUAAAUGAGAGUUGUUGGUUGAGUAAAACGAAACAACUGAGGUAGAAUGUGAACACUGCAGACCGUUUUCCAGACAAUAAGCAAACAACGAAACUAAAUUGAGCAAAUUAGACUUUCAUUUUGUGGCUUUCCGGUUGCAUUUUCAGUACAGUGCAUUUGAAAGUGAGAGAUGUGUCUGCUGUAUGUCAGGGAAUUUAAAUUCUCUCUGAUGAAAACAAGUUGGAGCAGGUUUAACAUGCAAUCUUUUAUUUGAAUUGCAAUAUGAAUAAACCUGAACUUAAGGAAGGCGGUAAAGCAAAAGUUUGAUUAGUUGAGCAUUGAAAUCUCCAACAUCUGGUCGGUAAUAUUUCAAAAUCUCUCUGAAAAUAUUUAUUUCUUUUUCCUGCAUUUUAGGCAGGCGUUCCAACAUCUUAGUUGUAAAUAACUAUGUUUUCUGUGAUGAGAAAAUUAUGGAGAGUAAAUUAGUUUGUUUUUAGUGCAUAAUGUUUGGGGUGGAGUUACUGUUUAUUAACCCUGAAAUCAAACUGGCUUAAAAAAAAUCUACUUACACAAUUUAGGACAUUUUUUAAGAGACACAGAGACUGCAUUUAAAAAUCUUGAAAUUUGUUUUCAACUUUAUUUUUUGCAAGUUAAUUUUAAGUGUUAUUUUUAUUUAUUGCCUUUCUUAUGGCUGCCUUUUUUAAUUUCUUUGAUACUUAGUAUCUCGACUGUUUAAAACAGCAUGUUUGUUGUGUUUUUUAUGUUUUUUUUUCUGACAAAGUAGCAACUUAAGAAUUGUUUGCUAGUGCUAAGACUUUGAUAUCAUGAGUAAAAGAAAAUCUGUAGAAAUGAGAGAAUUGUGUUUUUAAUUUCUGUAUCAAAAAUGUUUUUGGGCUCUGAUUUGUACAAAGCAGGAACCCAUUUUUUGUAUGUUUUUUAAAUGUAUUAUUGUAAAUGUUAAAAAAAAGAAAGUUCCAGACAAGAUGCCUAUAAUGAAAUAAAAAAAAAAA